UUUAGACAGGCUAGGUGGGGUUGAUCAGGGCCAAGGAUGAGAUAUAAUAUUAGGAUGUCACAUUGUUACACAAGACAGCACGCCAUUGGCCAUCCCACCCGGGACAUGCGCUCUCGGACAUCUCAUUGGCUGGGGUUAAGUGUCUGGAAGCGAGGGAUUGGUGGGUGAGGAGGAAGUGAGUUUCCUCUGCUGUUUCCUCCCUGUGAGGAGCUGCGGUCCUGCCCAGAGCUCACAGCAGACACACCAGCUCUAGAAGGCCUUCAGACACCAACAGAACCUGGAACAGACAAGCACAUUCUGGAACAGACAAGCACAUUCUGGAACAGACAAGCACAUUCUGGAACAGACAAGCACAUUCUGGAACAGAAAGCAUUCUAAAGCCUGAUAAAGUAGAUUCCAAGAGAUUUGGGAUUCAGCUCAGAGUAGGACAGGCCAGGUGAACUAGUUAGUAGAAACAUUAGUGGAGGCGGCUCGUUUUCAUGUGAUACGAUACAGGGCUGUGAGCAGACAGUGACAGACCCCAUGCCUCUGAGUCCGGCUGCUGACGCCAAGCAUGACCCCCCAGACCGACCCCGAACACACGCCGCUACCAACGGCAACCAGCUCGCUUCCACCGUCGCCAGGGACGAUGGGGCAGAUAACCUUGACGACCCCCCUGAAAACAGUAUCGUCAUCCGCAUUGGAAUCCCUGACCUGCAACAGACAAAGUGUCUUCGGCUAGACCCAGAUGCAGCAGUGUGGAGCAGUAAGCAGCUUGUCCUGGUGACUCUGACCCAGAGCCUAGUGGACGUACUGAAUUACGGCCUCUUCCAGCCAGCCUUCAACGGACGCGCCGGAAAGUUCUUAGACGAGGAACGCCUGCUGAAGGAGUACCCCCUACCCCCAAUAACCCCCAUCCCCUACCUGGAGUUCCGUUACAAGAGGCGUGUCUACACUCAGAGUUAUGUGGAUGACAAGCAGCUAGCCAAGCUGCACACCAAGGCCAACCUGAAGAGGUUCAUGGAGUACGUGCACCAGAGGAACCUGGAGAAGGUGUCCAGGUUCCUGGAGAAAGGUCUGGACCCCAACUUCCACGAUGCAGACACUGGGGAGUGCCCUCUGACCCUGGCUGUUCAGCUGGAGGCGUGUGCUGACCUCAUAAAGCUUCUGCGGAGCGGAGGAGCUCAUCUGGACUUCAGGACCAGAGAUGGCAUCACCGCCCUGCACAGAGCUGUGCUUUGCAGGAAUGCCCUGGCUCUCACUACCCUACUGGACCUGGGCGCGUCCCCGGACUACAAGGACAGCCGCGGUCUGACCCCGCUGUACCACAGCAGCAUGGUGGGAGGAGAUCCGUACUGCUGCGAACUGCUGCUGCAGGACCACGCUCACAUCGGCAGCAGCGAUGAGAACGGCUGGCAGGAGCUGCACCAGGCGUGUCGUCAUGGUAACGUGCAACACCUGGAGCACCUUCUGUUCUACGGAGCGGACAUGAGCUCCCAGAAUGCAUCAGGAAACACAGCACUGCACCUGUGUGCUCUCUACAAUCAGGAUGGCUGUGCAAGGGUUCUACUGUUCCGUGGAGCCAACAAAGACAUUAAAAACUACAACAACCAGACUGCCUUUCAGGUCGCCAUCAUAGCAGGGAACUUUGACUUGGCAGAGAUCAUCAAGAUCCACAAGACAUCUGACGUUGUGCCUUUCAGGGAAAGCCCGUCCUACACAAAGCGCCGACGAGGAGGCGGACCCAGAGCUGCAGGGGGGAGUGGCCUGUCUUCUCCCCGCUCUCUGAUUCGCUCAGCCAGUGACAAUGCCCUGGAGAGCCCCGCCUCCACGUCCCCUGGCCCCUCCCUCCAUAGCCUGGAGACCACGCCCAGCCGCCCAGGAGCCGACACACACAGCCUGCGCAGACACACACGCCGCCUCAGCCCCAGUGGCAAGGUGCAGCAGGAGCCCAGCCCCCCCCCCCUCCCCCCCCAGCCCCGGAAGAAGAGGAGGCUGUACAGCGCGGUGCCCGGACGCACCUUCAUCGUGACGCGCUCACACACACCCCAGGGCACCGGGGAGAUAAACCUGCACCGAGGGGAGAGGGUCAAAGUCCUGAGUAUAGGAGAAGGGGGGUUCUGGGAAGGGUCUGUGAAGGGCAGGACCGGAUGGUUCCCUGCUGACUGUGUAGAGGAGGUCCAGAUGAGACAGUAUGACCCACGUCUAGAGACCAGAGAGGACCGCACCAAGAGGCUGUUCAGACACUACACUGUAGGAUCCUACGACAACUACAGCUCUUACAGCGACUAUGUGAUCGAGGAGAAGAGCGCUGUGCUGCAGAAGAGAGACAGCGAAGGGUUUGGCUUUGUUCUGCGAGGAGCUAAAGCCGAGACCCCCAUCGAGGAGUUUGCCCCCACCCCUGCGUUCCCUGCCCUGCAGUACCUGGAGUCUGUUGACCUGGAGGGCGUGGCCUGGAGGGCAGGGCUUAGGACUGGGGACUUCCUGAUUGAGGUGAACGGGGUGGAUGUGGUGAAGGUGGGCCACAGACAGGUGGUGAGUCUAAUCAGACAGGGGGGCAGUCAGCUGCUCAUGAAGGUGGUGUCUGUCUCCCGCAAACCUGACGCACACCUGCUGCGCAAGAAAGCCCCGCCCCCUCCCAGGAGAGCUCCCAGCACCUCCCUGACGCUGCGCUCCAAGUCCAUGACCGCCGAGCUGGAGGAGAUAGACAAGUUGGAUGACAUGCUGGCGGGCACACAGGAAGUGGUCAUGAGAACCCGCCCCUCUGAGGCGGACUUCCGGGCGGCCACAGUGAAGCAGCGUCCCACCAGCCGGCGGAUCACCCAGGCAGAGAUCAACUCCCUGUUUGAGAGGCAGGGCAUGCCUGUGCCUGCAGGGUUGGAAAAGGUGACCAUGCAGCUGCCCAGAGGCAUGUCCAGGACCAAGUCUUUUGGCGCUCCAGAAGACGACAGGAUCUCUGCUCUGAUUGGAGAGAACCGGUUUCCGCGGAGCUCCUCCAUGACGGACAGCUUCAUCCCGCCCCCUCCCCAGACCGCGCCCCCUCCUCCCCCCUCCCCCUACUACCUGGAGUCCGGCCCUCCCCCCGCAUUUCUACCCCCUCCACCGCCCAUCCGGGGGGCGGAGCUAGCCCGCUCCAGCUUCAAACCGGGGGCGGAGCCUAGGCUGCACGAGGCCUGUGAUUCACCCACAAGGAGCCACGCCCAUGCAGAGCGCCAGAGGAAGGCGCGGUCCAUGAUCAUCCUCCAGGACUCCCCCUCCCUGCUGCCCCCCGAUCCCGCCCCUGCCCCUGGCCCCGCCCCUGGCCCCCUAACCUCUCACCCCGUGUUGGAGCGCCGGAGGCGGGGCCGGCCGGUGGAGAACCCCUAUGCCAACGUUGGCCAGCAAGCUCCGCCCCCCAGCAAGCCCCAACGCAGGAAGUCUCCACUGCUCAAACAGCUGCAGGUGGAGGAAGGGGGAGGAGCCAAUCCCAGCAGGGCGGAGCUAUACCAGCAGCAGGUUCUCUCUGAGCGUGCUCGCAUCCAGGCCACGCCCCCCCAGGGACGACGCUCCUCCCUUUUCCUGUCUGUGGAGGGGGCGGGAUCAGAAUCCUCAGCUCCUCUCCUCCUGACCCAAUCACAUUCCAUGGACGACCUGGGGGAGCUGCCUCCACCAAUCCCGGUGCUGUCCCCUUCCCCCUCCCCCCAGGGCUCCACCUUUCUGCACCCGCUGACGGGCAAGCCCCUCGACCCUGCCUCCCCGCUGGCAUUGGCGUUAGCGGCGCGGGAACGAGCGCUCACUGCCCGCACACCGAGCCCAGAACCCCGUCACAAACGCACCACGCCCCCCCAGACCAGCCCCGAACCCCGGCACAAGCACAUAGCCCCGUCCCUCUUCCUUGACGGGCAUGUGGAGCGACCGGAGACGGAGGGCGGGGCCACCUCCCCCGCCGCCCCCUCCCCCGAGCGCUGGAGGCCCUCCCCCCUGCCCCUGCCCAUCAGUCAGGUGACCAUCAGCGUGACCAGUGAGGGCCAGGCGCCUGUGCACAUAGAGGCACAGCGUCAGGCGGAGAGGAGGCGGAGCCUAACGGUGGGGAGCUCAGAGGAAGAGGGCGGGGCCUACACCGUGACCCUGCCCCCUGCGCUGCUGUCGUCCAGUGACGAGGAGACAAGGGAGGAGCUUCGCAGGAUUGGGCUGGUGACUCCGCCCCCAGGCUUCACUGCAUCCCCGCCCCCCACCCUCUCUGCCUCCCUCAGCCUGUCUCCACGGCGACCCCAGCCUGGCGAGGUGGGGGGAGGGGGAGGAGGCGGAGGGGAGUCGGCCCCGGAUUCGGGGGUGGAGGAGGGGGAGGACAGGAGUGCCAGCGACCCCCACCUGGACGCCUCCAUCUCCCCUGGCAGCACCCCCGCCCCCAGCCUCCCCCCGUUGCCCUCCCCGGACCUACACCAGCCCCAGCCCAGCCCCAUCCCCUCCCCCAGCCCCGGGGGGCCCCCGGACCCCCAGGGCCUGAAGCCCCGGCUGCGCUCCCCUCUGGGCCGGGGGCGCUCCGCCCUCAGGGACCCCCUCCUCAAGCAGUCCUCCGACAGCGAGCUGCUGCCCUCCAGCGGCUCCAGCCCCGGACGGCCGCCCCGCUACCUGUUCCAGCGGCGCUCCAAGCUGUGGGGGGGCGACUCGGGCGAGCGGCGGCCCAGGCAGGGCAGCCCGGAGGAGGGGAGGCCCCAGGCUGUGGGGGGGCAGGGGCUGGAGCUGGCUUCAAGGCUGCAACUGCUCAGUAAGGACACACACUCGCUGGGGGAGGAGCCUGCGCUGCUUGACCCUGGGAGGAGGUCGCCGGUGGGCGGGGCUAGAUGUGACCAGGACAAUGGAGACAGUAAAGCGUUGUUCAGCAGUUUGGGGGAGUUAAACACCAUAUCCCAGAGGGCCUAUGGCACCACCUUCACUGUCAGACCAGGAAGUCGCUACCCGGUGACGCGGCGCAGCCCCUCCCCCUCCCCCUCCUCUGAGAGGCCGGAGGCCCUGGGGCCUGGGAGGGGUUUUGCGAUAAGCCCCUCCCACCACCACCACCACCACCACCACACCAUCCUGAAGUCCUCCAGCCUCAGCCUGCCCUCCGAACCAAAGGAGGUCCGCUUCGUGAUGCGCAGCGCCAGCGCCCGCACACGCUCCCGUUCUCCUUCCCCCUCCCCCCAUGCCUCCCCCUGCCCCUCCCCCGUCCUGGGGGGCCCCCUGCUGGCCCUGCGGCCGUGGCGCCAGCGCCCCCUGGCUCUGUGGAGUAAAUACGACGUGGGGGACUGGCUGGAGAGCGUGGGGCUGGCGGAGCACCGGGCUCGCUUCCAGGAGCACGAGAUCGAGGGCUCGCACCUCCCCGCCCUCACCAAGGAGGACUACGCUGAGCUGGGGGUCACACGUGUCGGCCACCGCAUGAACAUCGAGAGGGCGCUACGGCAGCUGCUCGAGAGCUGAACCCCGACCCUUCAACCUGUUAACCGCUGACCCUAACUCCCUGAACCCUGACCUCUUAACCCACUGAACCCUGACCCAAAGAUCGUUGACCCCAUAACCUCCCCUGAACCCUAACCCCUGACCUGCUGGCUCCAACAAGGUCCUGAACAUAGUUUUGACCCUGAUCCCAGUCUUGAGACUGGAACCCAGACCUACCCUGACCCCUGACCACAUCGUGUGGAGAAGGACUGCGAUCCAAAGACAGCUUCCUAAGGAGUCGAGUGUCGAGACAAGAAAAUACCUCCUCCAUCUCAAUAUCUCCAAUAGUUCAAUAUUUUACCAUUUAUAAAAAUCUACUUUUUAAUCUUUGACAUACUGGUUAAUGAGUGGAUAUGUUGAAAGUUGUGUUAACUCAUAAGUUGUAAAGUGUUAUGAAUAUGAAAGCAUAUUAACCCUCUGGAGUUGAAACACCCUCAUUUGAAUGACAGGGAGACUCUAGACCCCUUAAUGUGAGUGUGUGUGUGUGUGUGUGUGUGUACAUUUGUGUAUGUCUGUCCGAAAGCCUGUUUUCCAAGGUGUGUGUUUUGUAUUUUGAGUCCUUCUUAUCUGUUUUUGGGUCUCAACCUGCCAGGAGCGCUGGACUGCGUUGUACCACCUCCGCACAGCAGGUGACGCUGUGGGUCCACCUAAACCCUCUCUUCCUCUGGUAGUGACGGACACUCAACGUUGACGACUUAAAGGUUUAAUGGAGAUUUAUUACUGAUUUCAUGUAGUUAUAGAUGAUUUUUGAACGUUUAUCAAAUAUUUAACUGAGAUUUUAUCAAAGCCUUCUCAAAGGUAUCAAUGACUCAUGACGAUUUAUUCAUGAUUUCAAUUUAAGAAUUUAACUACAAUUUAGUGAUUAUUUAAUGGCAAUUUUGGUUGUUUGUUGGUGGGUGUGUUCAUGCAGGCCGUGCCUCUCACAGCACCAGUCUGAGUCUUUAUGUAAGACUGAUGUGUUAUUGUUUAAGUACCAGCCUCAAGCAAUGCACACGACGCUGCUGACAGCCAUGAUUUCUAAUGUGAACAGUGAUGUAUGUAGAUACGUGGGCCGGUGUGUGCCCUGCGUAUUACCCUGGCUGGAGGCCUCUCUCUCUAGGAGGGUUAACCCUGCGUAUUACCCUGGCUGGAGGCCUCCCUCUCUGGGAAGGUUUUGCACAGCAGUUGGUGCUAUAUCUCACUGAAGCCAUGUGUACAGACUUACACUAACCCCAACACAACCGGACACCUUCUAAUAACCCCACCCUCCUACACCACCCCUAACCCACCUUUACCCUCCUAAACCACCCCUAACCCACCUACACCACCCCUAACCCACCUCCACCCUCCUACACCACCCCUAACCCACCUCCACCCUCCUAAACCACCCCUAACCCACCUCCACCCUCCUCAGAAGAUGCGUCCCAUUGGCUCUCUAAACUGGGAGGGGCCCAUCUUGUCAGUCAGGCUCAUAGACCAAUCAGGGGAGGUGAUCCCUCCCCCAGCCUUCUGUGACCUGUUAGAGCUGGUCACUGUCACCUCCCUAACCAAUCAUGGUCAACCAAUCGGACAGGAACGGUUUAAUCAAGCAAAUUAUUCAUUAGUCAAUCAAUCAAGAGUUAAGUACAUAUCAAUGUACUUUUUAACCAAACUAAAACUGGUGUGUCUGAUAUGGGUGAGGAUGCCGUCAAGCAGAGUGAAAGGACAUUGUGAACAUAGUUAUCACAUGCAAUAAGCAGCAUCGCCUGUUCUCAGCUCUCCAGAACCGUCUACCGGCCUCGAGCCGGUACCGACCCAGGUAGAAUAACAACCUUGGCAACACCUUUCUCUCCCUCCACCUUCCUACCCUGACGGACAACUCUGAACACAAAAAUACCAGCACUGCAAAGCAGCCUGCCCCCGAAUGAACUCAAAUAUGAUAUAUUUACUAUUUUUGGUUUGUUAAUUUUUUAACCCCUCCCUUGACAAUCACAUCGGAAUGUAUCAAUUUUGAUGUUUCUUUCAUUUCCGCUUGCUUUCCUUCGAGCGCCCUCUGCCGAACGUAGGGAGUUAGUUAGAACAGCACGGUUGAUUGUAAACAUUCUAACUUGUUUUUCGAUCAGCUGAAAGUGACAACGACGAUGAUGAUAAUGAUGAUGAUGUGUGAAUGUCUUACUUUCGAUGAAUUUCCACUAAUUCAGUCAAAUUACUUGUAUUUUAGGCAAAUAGAUACGUAUAGUUUCAGUGUGACGGUAAGCGCUUGGUGAUGGAAUGUCUGUUUUAUUCUUACUUGAGGUUCUUUUCCUCCAUAUUAAAGAGCCAUUUAUCCGCGUCCCGGGAAGCACGUCGCUUAGACCUGGUGUGUUCAACUGUGUGACAAACUUUCUAAUAAACUCAUAUUUACUAUCA